AUGGUAUUAAAAACUUUCAUCAAUUAUCUUAUCAAUAAAUAUCUUAAAAAUUAUAUUGAACGAUUUGACUAUGACAAAGUAAAACUAAAUUUGACAAGUGGAAAGAUCUGCUUGGAGAAUCUUCGUGUAAAGCCAGACGCUCUAGCCUAUCUCAAUAUUCCUGUAACGGUGGCCGUUGGAUAUUUAGAACAACUGAAAGUGUCUAUACCAUGGAACGCUCUUACUUCGAGUCCAACAGAAAUUCACAUUGAAGGACUCUAUUUAUUGAUUGUGCCCAAAAAUGAAAUGAGUCAAGAUUUGAGCGAACACUACGCAGACAAAUUUAAACGGGUUCAACAAAAAUUGGACAAUUUGCGAAAAACUGCAUCAGACAAUCUAGCACAUGACAAUAAGGAAACUGCAUUUGUUGAACGAAUGAGAUUUCAAGUUAUGGCAAACUUAGUUUUAACAAUUCGGAAUUUGCACAUUAGUUAUGAAAUGAAAUCUCCAACUAAAUUGGGACAUCCAUUCUCGUUUGGCGUCACCCUUCAUUAUCUUGAAUUGACCACAGCAACUGGCAUCAAAUCAAAUAAACAAAUUAAGGAAGAGAAACUUCUAAUAUAUAGGCUGAAUGAAAUGAACUCUAUGUCAAUCUAUUGGAAUGCAAAUUGUAAAUCAAGACUUGACAUGCCAGUCAAAGAUGUUCUGGAUGAUCUAAAAUCCAAAAUAGCGACGAAUAAUUUUAUACCAAACGACAACGAAAUGAAAUAUAUUCUUCGUCCUUCCAAUAUUAUGACUGAGUCAUUAGUGACAUUAAAACCUAAACAACAUCAUUAUGAACGAUCAAAAUUAACUUUUAGUAUUCAAAUUCCAAAACUGAAUUUUUAUAUCAAUUCAGAACAAAUUUCUGAUAUACUUGAUUUUAUCAAAUUUCAAAAUUAUACAACUAUCUAUGAUCGAUGUCGUGAGUAUCGUGAACUGCUAUUGCAAGAUUCACUCGGUGUCCAAACAUUAACACCAGAACAACAGCAACACAUUCAGUUUCUUGAAUCAAAGCUGGACAUUUUUCAUCUCGCUUAUAUUCGUCAUAAAGUUGAGAUAGAAUGUAGCCGUUUUCCUUCAAACAUGGAAAUGAAUGAUAUUGAUCAAGAACAACAGAUGAUUACAAGUCAAGUGCCUCUCAACAUUGCUGUUCAAAAUAAUAAUACAGAUCAUCAUCGUAAUCGAUUCAAUUCAUGGUCUAAAAUGAAAACUAGUUUCGGUAAUUUAACUAAAAUUCAUCAACACAUGAGAAAAACAACUACAACAAAUAAUCUAACAGAAAGAGAAGUUUUAUUUGAAGAUUUGCCCAAUAUCGAUUUUGAAAUACACUGCAGCAAAUUUGAUCUUAAUCUCUUAUCAUCGACUACAAAUGCUAGAUUGAUUCCGAACAGAACUGGUGACGAAAUAAUUGCUUUCAUUACCAUAACUGAUGUUCGAGUCAGCAUGAAGAAAAUGUGUAUUACAUCCAGAAUCGAAUGCAAGGGUGAUAUUGACUCUGUUCACGUAUUUGGGAUGGAUCGUGAAGAAGAAUAUCGACCCAUAUUAAUAAAACCAUCAUCUUCAUCAUCAUAUCCACUUGUGCAUUUUGAGUUUGAAUUAUUUUCUGUGAAUCCACAAGCAGACAAUCGCUUUCAUUUGACUAUCGAACCAAUACAUCUUAUCUAUGAUGCUCCUUCAGUUAACCAACUUGUCGAUUGCUUUGAAGCAAAUGGCAAUGUUAUCUGGCAACCAGCAUCAGCAAAAUUACAACAUAUCUCAAUGACUAGGAAACAGAAAUUAUCAUAUAAGAAAAUCUUCGACAUGACCAUCAACUUUAAAGGAGUAUCGGUUCUUCUACCGGAGUUUGGAGUCCAUCAACAAGGUUUUGGAAUGAUUUACAUUCAUUUUGGCAAUAUAUUGCUCAAGUCAUGUCUCGAUACAAGCGAUGAAGAUAUCGAUAGAUCUUUAUUUAAGAUCAAGUAUGAUGAACAACGAUUCUAUGCAAAAUACAAAUUAGAAUUGUGCGAUCUAAGAAUAAUCUAUUCUAAGCCAAACAGGAAACGACUACAUAUUCUCCGACGAACAUCAUUAAUCGAUAUAAACUUUUAUAGGUAUAUCGCUUCGAAUGCUUCAAAUUCAACAAAUUGGCGUAUUGAUUUAAAGAUCGUCAUGGGUGAUAUACAGUUAUCUAAGAAAACUCUAACGAAAAUAAUUUUGCAUUUAAAAUCUUUGCCAUUGAUUUAUUCAAACAUUAGUAUCAUAGUAAAACGAAUCAACUUUUACUUCACUCUUUUUUCGCCAUGUACAAUUGUGGUAAGCGAUCUGUCAAUCUACAAUUGUUGUCUUCGACUUCUUAUGCUUCCGCAAACAUCAGUUAGAUCUGAUUUUCAUAUUUAUUUAACAACGGCCAGAGACCAAGACUUUACUAACACGAAUACAUCUGUUGCUUUAAAUGAACCAAAGAUGAUGCAACAUAUUACUGAAAAAUCAAAACAGUCGACACGAUUAUUUUAUCGAGGUGAAAAUAUCGAAUUGGUAUAUUAUAAUUCUUAUACAAAAUUAUGA